GCCGUAUGGGUCGACAUCAAGACGACGCCGCAAUGUCCGCAAGCUGCUGCGUGACGACUCCACGUGCAGGCGGAGCGGGGCGACCUCUUGACCCCACGGGACACCCGGGGGCCCCGGCUGCUGCUGCUGCUGUGUUGGACAAACCCGCCACGGACUCUGCGUUCAUCCCCGCUCCGCGCCCGCGUUGUCCUGCAUUCACGUCCCUCUUCCUCCACACGUUGUCUCAGCUUGCCGUGGGCUGCGAGCGUGCGGCUCAAGAGAUGGAGGCGCUGUGCUCGGUGCCUGUGGACGUGGUGCGGGACGUCGCUCUGCUCAACUGCCUGGCCGAGGCGGCCAAGGACUUUGCCUUUCACAGGGGCAUCGCCAUGAGAACGCCCGAAAACCCCAACGAGUCGGAGCGUGUGCUGUUCGCGCCCUUCACCCUGUUCCCAUCGGUCGUCCCCACGGCGCUCUUCCAGCAGGCCAUGGAGGUGCAGUGCGACUUUAACCUGCUCAUAGACCGCGUGAGUCAGGACCACGCGUUUCUUCAGGAGACGUUGAAGAGCACGGUGGACUCGGAUGAAUUCUCGGCGAAUGUCUUCAGAAUUUUCCAGCGAUUGCUGGAUGAAAACAUCACAAAACCGGUCGUGCUGGGCCUCAACCGGUCGGACUAUAUGUUCGACUUGCAUGCCGACGGCGCGACGUCGCUGAAGCAGAUCGAGACAAACACGUUCGCCGCCAGUUUCGGAGGCUUGUCGUGCAGCACGCCGGACCUGCACAGGCAUGUGCUGAGGCUGCUGGGGACACCCGGGGAAGGCGUGGAGGUCCCCAGCAAUAGCCCGGCCGAGGAGCUUGGCAGGGGCAUCGCGGUGGCCUGGGAGCUGUACGGCGAGCCCAAGGCCGCGGUGAUGUUCCUCGUGGAGACCGACUGCAGGAAUAUAUUUGACCAGCGUUGUGUGGAGUACGCCCUGUGGAAACGAGGCAUCAAGGUGCUGCGCAAGACAUUCGGGGACGUGACGAAGCAGGCGUCGCUACUUCCCGACCGCACCCUGCACGUGAACGGGACGGAGAUCGCGGUGGUCUACUACCGAUCUGGUUACGCGCCCAACAAUUACUCUGGACCUAAGGACUGGGAGGCGCGCGAGCUGCUGGACCGGUCGCGCGCCAUCACGUGCCCCGACAUCGCCACGCACCUGGCCGGCACCAAGAAGGUGCAGCAGGUGCUGGCGCAGCCCGGCUGCGUCGAGCGCUUUGUGAAGGACCCCGCGGCGGUGGCGCGAAUCCGCACCACCUUCGCCGGUCUCUACUCCCUCGACAUGAACGAGGAGGGCGACCGAACGGUGGCUUUGGCGAUGGCGGAUCCUCACCGCUUUGUGCUGAAGCCGGAGCGUGAAGGUGGAGGGAAUAACAUUUUUGGAGACGACAUCACGGAGCUGCUGGGCAGGAUCGGGCACAGCCCGGAGCGCACGGCGUACAUUCUCAUGGACAAGGUGCGCCCGCUGGCUGUGAGGAACGUGCUGGUGCGCUCCGGCUUCCCGCUGGCGCCGCUCGACUGCGUGAGCGAGCUCGGCAUGUUCGGCAUCUACGUCAGGCAGGGCGGUGCGAUGGUGCUCAACGACUGCGGAGGCCACCUGCUGCGCACCAAGAGCCUGGAGCAUGCAGACGGCGGCGUGGCGGCCGGCGUGGCCGUGCUGGACAACCCGCGGCUCGUGUGAGCGCCCCGCACACUCGCGCUGUGCUGUGUAUCGAUAUUGGCGCGUACUGCGCUGGCUAUGUGCACCGAACGAGCUGUGUGUACUUGAUUAGCUGUGCAUUCCACACUUACCAUAUGCACUUAAUGAAGUGGUGCGUACCUAAUUAGCUAUGCGUACUACACUACCCGUGUGCACUUAUUUCGUGGUGUGUACCUAAUUCUGUGGAUAUUACACUCAAUUUAGAGGGCUUGUGCUCAUGUUAUUUUAAGUGGUUCACUUGGAAGUCCAUUAAUGAACCAUUCUCCAUUCAUUGACCGUUUGUUAAACACUGUCAUCAUGCGUUUGUACGCAACCCCUUUUGCCAAUCCACUGCUGGAUGAGGUCGUGGGGGCUGUUUGAUUAUGCUUCGCCACUCUUCAACUAUGUUUACUUCAUUUAUAACUUGACGAUCUUAGAAGAUUCACAAGUUGCAGUGUCGUUGAUUCUGGUCUUGGUGCUGAAAUAAAGGACUUGUGCAAGCGUG